AUGAUCUGGUCCUACAUCAACGGGGUGGAUGCUGAGGCGGACAAUCACAUGCCGAGCCUCGGCAAGGUGGCGCAGAUCGACGGCCGAUUCCCGUGGGCAUUCGUGCAAGCGCCAUCCUUCUGCGUGGUGGGCGAAUGGGUCGGUGGGAAAAAGAUGAGCCCUGCUAUGUCGGACGCCCUGCAGCAGUCCGGCUUUCUUGUCGCCUCCGACCGCAGCUCCCUGGCAGAGCUUCCCGAAGCGAUGGCUACAGGAUCCCUUCUCUCGAAACUGGCAGCGAAAAGAUUCCGAGUUGAGCAUCCAGGGGCCAAGAAGGCCCGGCACAUUCCGGCAUGUAUUCAAGGCCCUUCUCCUGGCAUCUAUCUUCUUGCGUCUGCCGCCUUGAGGUGCGGAAACCAACUUUCUGCGAGACGUGCAUGUGUGACAGCUGCCGGACAGCACGUGCAGAUGCGGCCAAGUGAGCUGCGUGAGAUGGACCCCGUAUGCGUGACAGCUGCUUAUGAAGGACGGGCAGAUGCAGCUGCAGUUUUGUGCGGUUCCGUGUGUGCGACAGCUGCCUUUGAAACACGGGCAGCCAAGUGGUCGACUCCAGAUGUAUGA